UUAUCGGGGAUAAUGAAACAAUGGAGGACGUUUGAAGGAUUCCCCGCCCAUACAUUCAAGACGCAAAAAACUUUAUCAUUUUCGAUAACGAUUUAAUAUAAUUGCCAGUUGUCUGAAUUGUAGAAAGAACUAAUUAAAUUAAAUAUUAUUUAGUUUUUCUGUAGUGCUGGAUCAAUUCAACUUGAAAAAACUUUUAAAAAAGCAUAUUUAAAUCGUUUAUAUUACGUACUACGCAGCAGAUUAAGGUGUAUUUAGAGUAUUAGAAAUGAUAAAUUGGAGAAAUAAAAAUUCACAAAGUUGGAGAAGGUCUGGACAUCGUUUUCCAAGCCAUGCACCAGGACCAAGAGAUGGACAAGGGAAUCCAUCAAGACAUGCACCAGUGCAAUAUGUGCCACUACAAAUUCCAGAACUUGAAGCUGUAGCAAGGAAAUGGGAUUCUAUAGAAGAAGAAAUAAAAAUUGAACAAGAUAUGAAAUGGAUCAAAAGCCCAAAUAAUUCUUUGCCAUCAUUAAACAGUAUGAUGCUUUGGCUGCAGAAGGGACCUAAAAAGCUUGUUAUAGAAGACGAAACUCAAUUUUGUGAUGAGAAUAUGCUUAGAAAUAUUUUACAUUUAAAAUCAACAUUGUACAAAAUACAUGAUGACAUAUGUCAUGUAUGGACACGCUGUAAUACUUUUGAAACAAUCCGCAAUGCAUUCUUUUUAAAUCGUUCUGCUGUUAAAAUGGCAAAUAUGGAUAAAGCAUGUAACUUUAUGUUUACCAAACCUGCAGGUUUGAAGAACAAUGAGUUGCUAUAUUUUGCAGAUGUAUGUGCUGGCCCAGGUGGUUUCAGUGAAUACGUUCUGUGGAGAAAGAAAUGGCAUGCAAAAGGAUUUGGUCUUACUUUAAAAAAUAUAGAUGACUUUGAAUUAAAUAAAUUUCAAGCUGGUCCUUGCGAAACAUUUCAUCCAUAUUAUGGACCAAAAGGUGAUGGUGAUAUUUUUGAUCCCAGUAAUCAAAAAGCUUUCAGAAAUCUUAUAAUGACUCAUACCCAUGGUAAGGGAGUACAUUUCAUGAUGUCUGAUGGUGCAUUUGAAAUUGAAGAGGGUCAAAAAAGUUUACAAGAGAUUUUUCUAAAACAAAUAUAUCUCUGUCAGUGUCUAGUAGCUUUGAUGGUUGUAAGAGAGGGAGGACAUUUUGUCACAAACAUAUUUGACCUUUUUACACCUUUUAGUGCAGGCUUAACAUAUCUAAUGUAUCUUUGCUUUGAAGAAAUUUGUAUUUUAAAACCAAAUUCUUCUCGACCAGCAAAUUCAGAGCGAUUUUUGAUAUGUAAAAGUAAACGGCCUAGAGUACAUGAUGUUAUAAAAUAUCUUGAACAUGUUAAUAAUUUGCUUUUGCAAGAGAAAAAUAACAAUGAUGUUGAUGUUUUACAGUUGGUAUCGCCUGAAGAAUUAGAGAAUGACAAACAUUUUGUAGAGUACCUUUGUGCAUCUAAUAAUUUAAUAGGAAGAAAACAAAUAAUAGCUUUACGUAAACUAGCUGCAUUUUAUAGAAACCCUUCUUUUGUUGAACCAAAACAAGAUUUUGUACGUAAGGAGUGUUUGAAAUAUUGGGAACUACCUGAUCACAAUAGAAGAACAUAUAUAAGAACGUUUAUAAAGCCUACAAAUAAAUUGUCCCUUCUUGGAUAUGAUACUAAACUUACAUCAGUUCCAGCAAAAAGAUUAACAACAGAAAAUAUUCAAGAUACAAUAUUAAAUGAACCAUGUGAUUGGUUCUGUGUGCCCUGUAGUACUGGGAUUUCCACUAAAGCAAUGGCAGUGCCCACAUUUUACAUGGGCAUGGGAAGAAAUAAUGUAUAUUAUUUAGUAGAUGGCAUUUGGAUAGAAGUUGAUCAUAUCAAUGUAGAAUUACCACCAGAUACACUUGUAUAUGCUGAAAUAGUACAAGAAAUAACAAAGGAAUAUCAGCAGCAAGUACUAGCAUUACAUAUUAUAGAUGCUGUCAUUUUGGGAGGUGAAAAUAUUGGUCAUAAAUGUUUGAAAGACAGGUAUGAACUCAUAAAACAAUUUUGUGAAGCUUUAUGGAAACCAAAUGGAAGUAGAUAUGCUCGUGUGCGUAUUAAGGAAUUACUUCCAAUAGGUCCAAACAUUCGUGAAACAUUGCAAGUUAAACCAUGUAGAAUUAACAAUCGAAUGGAGAUGGUAUAUGAAUUUCAAACAGCAUCUUUAGAUUGCAACAGCUUUGACAACAAUAAACUCUAUUUUGUAUUACGUAGUGUAAUUUUCUUGAAAAAUAAUUUUUGUAAUUCUAAAGUAGAAGAAAAUAAGUCUGCCCCACAUAGAUUAAUUGCAAUAAAAGAAAACUUCAUUCAGUCAUUUGAAAAUCGCAUUAUCUGGUAUUGGUCUUAUGAUAGAAAUUUGAUGGUAGAAAAUCUUGCACAGCUUAUUAAAUCCCAUUGGCCUGUGUCUGCAUAAAAUGAUUUUGAAAUAUUGAAAUGCCAAAUUAAAUAUAACAUUUUUUAUUUAAUAAUUUUUAAUCAGGAUAUUAAUUCCUACAAUACAUGAAUUAUUUUUGUUAUCUAACUUGCAGAGGUUU